ACGAAUUUCAAUAAAAUUUCUGUGAAUUUUCCCAACUCCGAAUAGAGUCUGAAAAUACAGGCAACCCAGAGUACCAGAUCCCACCUCUCUCUCUCUCUCUCUCCACGCUCUCCAUUCUUCGUUCUCCCGAGAGCUCAAUUCGGCUCAGGUUCGCAGCCGCCGCGGGUUACCCCAAUGGCGGAGGACUCCGGCGCCAUCCUCCGCCACAUCUCCUCACUCAAGGACAUGCUCGACAAGGUCAAUGAAGAGAUUGAACAGAAUAUACAAAAGACCAGGGAAAUAGAAUCAGAAAUAGUGAAGCAUUCUGAAACUGAAAAGCAUUAUCUGGACAAGGAGUCUGAGUUAAUGAAAGAAGUAUCAGUUGCUGAGUUUGAACUCAAUGGCCUUAUGAAAGUGGCUGAUGCUGAGACAAAUUUACUUAAAGUGACAGAGGGAAAUUUGGACUUCCAGAAAGUUGCUCUUGAUGGGAUUAGAAAAAGAUUGUCUGAUAAGAUGGAAAAGUUCAUCAACGAAUCUAUGGGGUUUCAAACUAACAUGCUCGGAGGUUCAAAUGAGGAUUUAGUUCUCUUACUGAAGGAAAAAGGUUCACUAGAGGAUGAGAGUGACAACUUGAAAAUGAAGAUAAACACUAUACAUGGUUCAUCCAAGGAAUACAUUGCAGAGAUUCUUGAGGAAGUAAAUACAGAAAAUUCAGUUCUGGAGUCUGAGAUACAGUACAAGAUUUCGGAAUAUACGGAUAUUCUAAAGGAUAUAAACAACCUGAAGAUUCUGUUUAGUUCAUGCAGUUCAUAACACUCUGCGCCAUUGCAGGUAGCCUACCUCGUCAUGACGAAAACACAGACAAGAUUGCUGCGGCCAUCUGGAUGAAGGGAAUGAAUACCGGAUUCUUUAGUACCUUAAUAGGAGUAGCUUGUAUAGGCUUCUUUUAUCGAUUAGAGAACACAAAAACAGAAACAAAUCAAUGAGUUUGAAUACUUAUCUGUCUGCUAAGAAACAUAAAAAUAUUCAAACCCAUUAGCAAGUUCGUAAAUUUAGCUACUUUCGCAAGAUUCCACCACACAUCCACACAGAACACGUUAAGAAAAAGCACAGAAGGAUACGCGCAUGUGAAAAGGCAGAAGCUCCAAACUAGGGAGAGAAAAAAUAUAUAGUCAUGCUCAAAUUACUGCCUUAUCUACAUGUAUUUAUUCCCCAACAAUUUCUCCUUUCUCAUGCACUCAGAGCCUCCUCAUCGUCCUCAGCUCUCAUCUCCCGCUGCCCCUCCAUUAUCAACUUCAUUAAGAUCUCACUAGGUCUCACUCUUUUUUCCUCAACAAUGGCUAUCUACCGCGCGAUGGAGCUGGAAGACAUCCACCGGUGUCUGCCACUGGAGAUCCUUGAGGACAUUGGCAUUGUGCCAAUGAGGUGCGUAUCAUGGCUGCCGUCGAUGAGCUUGCCUCUCGUCUCAAUGCCGUCCUCGGUAACGCCAUGAAAAGAAGCCAGCGCCAUACUCUACCUCCGGGGAGGGUGGUCGACUCCUACCAGACCCCACAGCCACAGGUUUAUGGUCUGGACAGCCGGGUCACAUCCCCGGUGGCGGCAGCGGCAAUGUGCAGAGGCCGAGAGCAGAACCGCAGCCGUUUAUUAGCAACGGAAGGACGCUUGACCUCGCCGUUAGUCUGCCGAGGUUUGCUCCAGCUUGGCCGCCACCAGCGGGGGCUGUUCUGACGCCGGCGAAGCGGAGCGGCGCUGGCACCAGAGUUUUCCUGCCGCGCACCAGGGCGGCGUACCACCACACGGCCAGGGCCACUAGGCCUUUAAGGAAUGGCCGUGCAGAGUCGCAUUACAGCCAGCAGCCAUGCCGGCAAAAGCAUCGGCAGCGCGGCGAGGAGGAAGAGGCGAGGUGCAGGCAGCGGCAGCAAGUUCGUUUCCAUGCCCAUGCCGACGCGAUGGCCGCCUCAGAAAUCUUGGAGCAGCAGCUACACACGAAGACGACAGCUGCAUCCUUUAGUUGCCACAAUGAUCUCACCCUCCCACAACAACGGAUCUAUUGACAACAUACGUGAAUUAUGUUGAUGAAUGUAGGAGCCAAUGAUAAGAAAUAUCUGUAACAAGUACCUGUUGUAAUUAGCUCUUGGCCUUGGCCGUUAACAAUCUAUAUUGUAAUUAGCUUUCAUGCCCUUUCCAAAUCGUUUCGCAAAAAAGAAAAAUACCGAA